CGUGUUUUCAAUUAAACGAUAGACGCGUCAUCCCUCAUUUGGUUUCGUCUACCCCGCGUUCAUAUCAACAAUCAUGCAUAACAAUGCCUGCGGAAUUAGUCGUGAUAGACAGUUCGGAAUCAGAAGGCAAGGGCCUUGGUGCCGACCGAUGUUCCAAGACGGCACUUGGUAAGCGCAAAGCCGAGCCUGUGCCCCCGCCAAUUGAGACUAUUCCGUGGACGGACUCGGAGGAGGAGGCCGAGAAGGAACGGACUGAGAAGAAACAAGCAAAGGGAAGACGUAGUGCGAAGAAAAAGAAAAGCAUCAAGUCUGAACCUGGAAACGCUAUUACCAAUCAUGGACGACGAAACGCACGUUCCUUGGCCGAAGCGAUUAGGGAUCUCGGCGAGGAUACGGCGCCAGAGGACAACGUCCAUGCUGAUAUCCCAGAGUAUUUAAAGCACCGCAAGAGGCAGUUCAACCGGGACCGCGCAACUCUCCAAGAAGCCGGGUUGCUUCUUCCACCGGACUACACGGACAUUGACUUCACUGAUGAUGAAGAUGAUGGCCAGCGACGAGAGGUCCGACCACAGUUUGGCGAUAGAAUCAAGCCAUGUCGACCGUAUGAGGACGUCGAGCUAGAAAGGUCAGCAGGUAUCAUACCGGCACCAAUAGCCCAGUACCUACGUGAUUAUCAGGUCGACGGCGUUUCUUUCAUGCAUGAGGCAUUCGUCUACCAGAGGGGAUGCAUUCUCGGCGAUGACAUGGGACUGGGCAAGACGGUUCAGGUUGCUGCGUUCCUGACAGCUGCAUUCGGGAAAACCGGUGAUUUUCGUGACUCGAAGCGGAUGCGCAAGGUCAAGAGGCUGGGUCGCCGGUACUACAAAGUGCUGGUUGUCUGCCCCAGCUCCGUAAUGGAGAACUGGAGACAAGAACUGGCGCGAUGGGGCUGGUGGAAGGUCGAGUCCUAUCAUGGACCCGGCAAAGACGAUGUGCUUGACACCGCAAAGUCAGGUCGGCUUGAGGUCAUGCUUACGACCCCGGCCACGUACAGGCUGCAGAAAGAGCGCGUAAACACGGUCAGCUGGGAUGCCGUGGUUGUCGACGAAUGUCAUAAUAUCAAGGAGCGACGAUCCGAGAUCACAAAAGCAAUGACUGAGGUCAACGCACUCUGUCGCAUCGGCUUGACGGGCACGGCCAUCCAGAACAAGUACGAGGAGCUCUGGACCCUCCUGAACUGGACAAACCCUGGGCGCUUUGGAACCUUUGGAGAAUGGAAAACCUCCAUCAGUAGGCCUUUAACUCUGGGUCAAUCUCACAACGCCACACUCCAGGAGCUGAGCAUGGCAAGAAAGACUGCCAAGAAGCUGGUGCAGAAUCUUCUUCCGGACUACUUUCUUCGUCGCAUGAAGUCUUUGAUUGCGCAUCAGUUACCUAAGAAGCGAGACAGAGUAGUUUUCUGUCCGCUGACUGAUCUCCAAACCACGGCGUACGAAAGAUUCAUCGCAUCCGAAGAAGUUGAGCUUGUCCGACGGUCUCAUGAGCUAUGCGAUUGCGGAUCAGGAGAGAAAAGGGGGCAUUGCCACUACAAACACUUGGAAGAUGGGCGCACAUGGAACAUGCUCGUCUUUCCUUGUAUUCUGACCUUGCAGAAUCUGGCCAACCAUCUCACGCUGAUUGUGCCAAAGAUUGGCGAGCCCGGAGACAAGGCUGAGAAAAGCCUGGCCAGGCUCCGUAUUUGCGUGCCUGACAAGUGGGAGCAACUCUACAAGCUUCGUGACUCCCCGCUCAUACAAAUGGACCCGGAAUUCUGCGGUAAAUGGAGAGUGUUGAAGGACCUACUCAAGUUUUGGGAGGGAAACGGUGACAAAGUCCUCGUCUUCUCCCACAGCGUCAAACUACUACAAGUCCUUCGCGCGCUUUUUCAGACUACUCACUACAGUUACAGCUACCUGGAUGGAUCACUUGCGAUCGAGGAGAGGCAGCAGAUUGUUGAUGAUUUCAACUCGGACCCUCAACAGUUUGUCUUUCUCAUCUCUACGAAGGCGGGUGGUGUAGGUUUGAACAUCACGUCAGCCAACAAGGUCGUCAUCUUUGACCCUCACUGGAAUCCAUCAUGGGACCUUCAGGCCCAGGAUCGAGCUUAUCGAAUUGGCCAGACUCGAGACGUCGACGUAUUCCGCCUUGUCUCUCAAGGGACCAUUGAAGAGAUUGUCUACGCGCGGCAGAUCUACAAGCAGCAACAAGCCAAUAUUGGCUACAAUGCUUCAAAUGAAAGACGAUACUUUACUGGUGUGCAACAAGACAACUCUCGGAAGGGAGAAAUCUUCGGGCUCGAAAACAUCUUUACAUUUCGUCCCGACCGCGUGGUGCUGCGGGAUAUUGUCAACAAGACAAAUGUCGCAGAGGCCAAGGUUGGGGUAUAUCUGCAAGAUAUCGAUAUCGAGUCUGCCAUCAAGGAUAAUGAGGAGGCGGGCAUUCCGAUCAAGUUAGAACCGGGGUCCAGUGGGGACGCAGAGGAGCGUGGAGCAAGCCAACUCGCGGACUUCCUCACGUCGAAACCCCAAGUCAAACCAGGUGGUGAGAACCACGAAAGAUCCCCAGGUCACGACGCUAUACAGGCCAUUCUCUCCUCGGCGGGAGUGGGCUACACUCACGACAAUGCAGAGGUUGUCGGGACCAGCAAAGUCGAAGCUCAGCUGUCUCGCAAGGCCGAGAGAGAUCACGAGAUUGAUGAGAAAGAAGCCUUGAAAGUAUUGUUUGCCGACAGUCAAGAUGUUGGCGCGCGUCCGCUAUAUGAGCAUGAUCAGGAGGCUUGGGAUGUGGACGAGAUGGGAGAAGGUGACGCAUGGCAAAGCAAGCGUCCCGAAACAUGGUUUCGGCCUCGACUCCGAUACAACCCUCCGGAAGAGGUUAGACUGCGUCAGUUCUGCUCCAUGGCAAAGGAGUUCAGCUUCAGCAAUGCUAUAGAGUUUGCAUUAGUUGUUGAGAGCUGGACACAAGAGCAGCGGAGGAACUGCCUCGAUAUGUUUUACAAACAAAGGGAGUCUGAGCUGCUUAAGACAACACUGGCUGGCGAGGCAAAGAAGCUCGACAAACACGAACCGGAAGUUAAGACAGAGUCGACUUCAGCCCGUACUAAGACUGAAGUACCGGAGGAACAUGGAAUGGUUGGACUUGAGAAUGUUCAGACCAAGUCCAAAGUUCAAAUCAAGAACGAAGCGGGAGUUGCCGACUCAAAGGUAAAGAUGGAACCGGUGAACGAUGAGCCCGAGAGCGACUCGGAUGAUCUUGACGCGGUCAAGGUGAAGGAUGAGGAUUUGAGCAAGAUUAAAUAUGAACCAGGGUUGGCCACUAUCAAAAGGCAGUCGAGCAUAUUCUUUUUUGACGACGACGAUGAGGAUGACGAGCUGUGAUAUGGAUCCUUGUUUGUAUUUUCUGGUUUUGUGAUACCCAUCGGCGCUACUUUAGACUUGAAGGAAGUGUGUUCAGUGUUCUCUGAUGCAAGGUGCCUUGUCACAGUGUUUUGCACGUCGUUUCUAUUGUUACUAUUGUUUUCCUUUUUUCUUUUUUGUUCCCAGGUCCAUCCAUGACAUAGUUUCUGUCUCUGCCCCUUUUCUCGGGCCUCCGGUGUACUGUACUCAAAUAAUACUCUGUAAUUCAUGUUUCGCAACCGGGAUCCAUGCACAGUAGGUACUUAGCC